CUCAACUCUUCAUCAUAAAGAGACUCUCUCUCUUUACCUUUGCUUUCCCCACAGAUAUUGAAAUGUGAGAUCAAUCGACAAAGUGAUCAGAUCACCCACCCCUCUGUUGAAGCCAGCCCUAACAGCAGAAGCAGCAGCAGCAUUGAACAAGAUUCCUUAUUAAGUCCCCAGCAUGUAUUCCUUUCCAUGUUCCCUUUGCUUCUCGUCCGGGGGGAAUUUCCCUCUACUUUAAAAAGCAACCACCAUUAAUUGCUUAUUGCAAAAGCUAUUAUAUAGCUAGCUAGUUGUACUCUCACUACUGCAGGGGAUGGGAGAAGAUACAUUACACGAUUAAUUGGUGAGAUGCACGGUUACACAGAGGGAGAGGGUAGGUGAAGUGGCUAUAUAAGAAGACAACUUGUUAUGUUGCCUCUGAAGGGUUCAGUGAGUGAAGGGUUCAGUGAGUUGAGACCAACAAAAAGGGCUUCUAGCUAUUUAGCUUCUAGAUUGUUGUUUUCACAUCAUCUGGUUGGCUGUUUUUGAUUUCUAGCUUUCAGUUGAGUUCAGUUAUAAUAACUCCUCUUUCAUCAUCAUCAUCAUGGCUUCUUCUAAUAGACACUGGCCAAGCAUGUUCAAGUCCAAGCCCUGCAACCCUCACCACCAAUGGCAGCAUCAUGACAUCAACUCCUCUCUCAUCUCAACUGGUUGCCACAGAUCAACCCCUUACACUUCAGGUUGUGAGGAGAGGAGUCCUGAACCAAAGCCUAGGUGGAACCCAAAGCCGGAACAGAUUCGGAUUCUUGAAGCAAUAUUCAACUCUGGGAUGGUGAAUCCUCCAAGGGAUGAGAUAAGGAAGAUCAGGGCACAGUUGCAAGAGUAUGGCCAAGUGGGUGAUGCUAAUGUCUUCUACUGGUUCCAGAACCGCAAAUCAAGGAGCAAGCACAAGCUCCGCCAUCUCCAAAAUGCAAAGAACCACAACCUCAACCCGAACAAUGAACAACCGCCACAAAACCCUCCAUCUCAGCACCCUCAAAUCACUGCACCUUCAUCAUCCUCAUCUUCUUCCUCGGAGAAAUCUUCCCCAAAAGAACUCUUACCACCACCACCCAAGUUGUUCUCCAUAGGGUUCUCUAACGUCACCGAUGUGGUGCCCAACUCCCCCACCGCCUCGGUGAACCAAACCUAUUUUCAUUCUCACAAUGACACCACUACCCUUCUUCCACCACCACCACCACCUUCUCCAACACCUGCCGAGUCUUUCUUCUUCCCAGUGCAACAUCAUGCUACCAACACCUUAACAUCACAAGGGUUUUGCUUCUCUGAGCUUUCCAAUGUGGUUCAAACUCAACCACACAGCAGUCAACACAACGUUGGUCCUCGUGCUAGUCUUUUGUUUGGUGAGUUUAUGAGCCAUAGUGGUGGUGCUGCUGCCUCAAAGAAAGAUCAUCAAGAUCAUGACAAGUCCUUGAAAAUUAUGCACCAAUCUCCUCAGCUUAAUUUCUGUUUCCCUCCCACAACUGCUCCUCCUACAACUACUGUUGUAACUCCUACCACUACCACCGCAGUUCCUGUUUCAUCCCUCAUGACUUCUCAUGUUCAAGGAACUGCCGAUCCAGGUGUUACGGCGAGACCAACGGUGUUCAUCAACGGUGUGGCGUUCGAGGUAGCGGCGGGACCUUUCAACGUGCGUGAGGCGUUUGGGGAUGAUGCUGUUCUCAUCCAUGCUACUGGUCAACCAGUUUUAACCAACCAAUGGGGUGUCACCGUCCAAUCACUCCACCAUGGAGCUUCUUAUUAUCUGAUAUAGGAAAUAGAUAGCUGAAGGAUCUAGUGAAUGAAGGGGGUUUUAGAUAUGGUGUUUUUCUGAUUUCUUUCCAUGACUUUGUCACAUUUCCUUCCAUCUUUAUCUUUGUCCCUAUGUCUGUAUUACUAUUUCUAUUAGGGUUAUCAUAUCAAUAGGUGUUUCAAGUCACUGCUCAUGAGGAAGACUUAAGAUAGAUGGGCCAGUGUAGUUCCAAGUCUGGAAUUCUUGACUUUGUUGACCAAAUAUGUAACUUUUUAUCUUAUCCUAUAUUAGUUCAAAGAAAACUAUCUUUAUUACUAUUUAGUAAUUAUAUGGUGAUC